AUGAUGGGUAAUGCAAUAUCAUCAAUUUUUAGAGAUUGCUGUAAUAAAUUUUUUAAUAAAAAAAUAAUUUUUCAAAUAAGAAUUUGUGGUCCUGCGCAAAGUGGAAAGACAACAUUUGUCAAGUAUUUAUUGCACAAUAAGUUUUUGAAAGUAAAGCCAACCGAAGGUCUUUUUGUUGAAAAAAUAGACUUUGAAGAAUUUUCGAUCAUCAUAUGGGAUUCUCGAUAUAGCAUAGAAGAUGAUGCGUCUAUUAACAGGCUAGAUAUGGAUGCCGUUAUCUAUUUCAUCGAUUUGUCAGAUCAUGGAAGACUAAAAAUAGCGAGAAAAGGAUUUUAUAAAAUACUACAAGAUUAUAAUCAUAUAGAAGACUUUUUAAUAAUAGCAAGUAAACAAGACAAAAAAAAUUGUAUGUUACUACAACAUGUUAGGAGUGAGCUAAAGCUUGAUCAAAUUGUCGAUAGAAAUUGCCAUUUGGUAGAAUGCUCAUCCAAAACAGGGCUUGGAGUAGAAACCUCGAUGAACUGGUUGUUUAAUCAGCUGAUGAUGAGAAGACGAAAAAAUUUGUGUUUUAUUAAAUGA